AUGAAGGUCCUCAUCCUACUAUCUUUAAUCGCUGUGGCAUUAAGCCAGCCGAUCGACGAAGAAGUAGCCACAACUUUCAACUACCAUGAACACACCGGUGUCCAUGAGUACUCAAGAAUCAAGGCUAUUGAAGAAUCCAUCGAUUUUGAUGGUAACAGAAUAGUUGGUGGAGGCCCAGCCAAUCUAGGACAAUACCCACAUUUGGGUGGUCUGAUCAUCACACUCACCGACAACCGCCAAUCCGUCUGCGGAUCCUCGCUCAUAUCCCCAACGCGUCUGGUCACCGCAGCUCACUGCUGGUUUGAUGGCAGGAACAGAGCAAGGCAGUUCCUUGUAGUACUCGGCUCCGUACGUCUGUUCAGUGGCGGCAACCGGAUUACUACCAGCAAUGUUGUUACGCAUCCUAACUGGAAUACCAGAAAUGCCAACAAUGACGUCGCUAUCGGCCACAUUCCUCAUGUCUUAUUCACAAACCAAAUCAGCAGCAUAUCUUUGGCCACUGGAACCAACGCCUAUGUCGGUGCCACAGCUAAUGCUGCAGGAUUCGGUCUUCAAAGAGACGGAGGCCAAAUCACCCAAAGCCAAGUAAUGCACCACGUAUCUCUUCCAAUCAUCAGCAACGCACAAUGUCGUGAAACGUUCCGGACUCUCGUAAUAGCGUCAACACUUUGCACCAGCGGCGUUGGUGGUAGGAGCGUGUGCAGCGGAGACUCCGGUGGCCCUCUCGCCAUCGGAACCGGCAGAAAUGCAUUGCUGGUUGGCAUUACAUCCUUCGGUUCAACACGCGGCUGCGAAGUCGGCGAGCCUGCUGCAUUUGCCCGUGUCACUUCCUUCGCCAGCUGGCUUCAAUCUUAA